GCCAAUCGUUUGCAUUGUUUGUGUGAUUAAAAACGAGUAAUAAAUUUUUGUAAACAAAAACAUUGAGUUUUGUUUUGAAUGUUUGAAAAAAUGUCUGUCCAUUGAAUUUCAUUGACUCCGACUAUACCGUUGUGGUCAUCAUCGCCAGUGUCUUCAAACACCAACGGUUUGUUUGACUAUCGCCAACAACAAUGAGUGACGAUCGCCCCAAGUCUGUGUCGGGUCCGCGACUGCGCCGUAAACAACGCCAAAGCUAUACGGAAACCAACGGUGACGACGAAGAUGUGGUCGACUUUGACGGCUAUGCUUUCGAUGUCGACGAAAAGUUGGUCAGCGCUAAGUUUGAUUGCUUGGAUACCGAUAUCGUACGUGAGAUGUCCGGCGACGAACUGAAUGUGUCGUUCAUUCAGCGAAACGGUUUUGAAAAGCCGAUUGUUGUCAAACAUAUGAAAGGUUUGGGUAUGAAAAUGCCGACCGACACGUUCAAUGUCAACGAUGUCAAACAGUGUGUCGGCUCCAGGCGUAUGCUCGACGUUAUGGACGUCCAGACACAACAGGACGAGACAAUGACAAUGAAAGAGUGGUGCGAAUACUUCAGUGCACCGAAAAGGGAUCGACUCUUGAAUGUCAUAUCAUUAGAGUUUUCACAUACAAAACUUGAGACACAUGUGGACAGUCCGGCGAUUGUCAAACAAGUAGAUUGGGUUGAUUUGGUUUGGCCCAAACAUCUUAAGCAAUCUCAAACUGAAGGAACAAACAUUAUCGAUGAGAUGAAGUAUCCAAAAGUACAAAAAUAUUGUCUGAUGUCAGUGAAGGGUUGUUACACUGAUUUUCACAUUGACUUUGGCGGCACAUCGGUCUGGUAUCACAUCCUGAAGGGUCGUAAAGUGUUUUGGUUGAUACCGCCAACUGAACGUAACAUUCAAUUGUUCGAACAAUGGGUACUAUCGGGCAAACAAUCGGAUGUAUUCUUCGGCGAUCUGGUCGAACAGUGCGUACGCGUUCAUCUAGAGUCUGGCUAUACGUUUUUCAUACCUACCGGUUGGAUACACGCCGUGUUUACGCCAGAAGAUUCGCUUGUGUUUGGCGGCAAUUUUUUGCACUCGUUUUCAAUUGAAAAACAGUUACGCGUUGCACAGGUAGAAGAUUUGACUAAAGUUCCCACCAAAUUUCGAUAUCCAUUCUAUACCGAAGUAUUGUGGUAUGUGUUGGCCCGAUAUGUUAGCUGUCUUAUGAAGAAAAAUCAUCUGAAAUGCGAUGAAGAAGGAGUCACUAUUGUUGUUAAAGAUGAAAAUAAUGUGAACAAACCACCACAACAACAACCAACACAAUCAUUACAGACAUUGCCAUCGACUCAAUCAAAACAUAUACACUUAACACCAUACGAAUUAUCUGGUAUGAAGGCUAUCAUAAUGUGGUUACAAAAAUUACCGACUCAUAAACGAUCGGUACCCGAUCUAAUAAUCUCAUCCGAUGCACUGCUAUCGGACGCACAAAUACUCAUUGAUGAACACAAUGCCGACAAACAUGAUUUGGCCGUUUCUGGUGAACCAGUGCUUACGUGGACCAAGAAAUUGACCAAAAGUCAAUUGCUUACGUCACAGUUGCGAUCAAUUAAGCCGCCAUCGUAUGUAUUGAAACAGAUGCGUAUGAAAGAGACACCACCACUUCCAGCACCUCCCAGAGCAGAAUCGCCGCCCACUCGACCGAUUAGUUCAAAUCAAUACGCCACUAACACUGCGACCACACUAAACCAAGAUAUGAUACCGAGUUCUUUCGCUGGUCUUAUCGCACAAACGGGUGUUAAUCAUUAUCAUCACAUGUAUAAUCCGCCAACAAAUAGCCCAUUAUUAAGUCAUAGCGGAACCCCUAUAACAGUACAGCCUAUGGUCUCAUAUAUGUCACCAACAUAUUCGUCGCCACUGAUCUCAACGGCUGCCACUCCUCCUAUUAAUCCAAUUAAUUCAAUGGUUAGCUCAUACCAAAUGGCAAAUACAAUGCGACAAAAUGAAUCUAAUUAUAUUCCGCUACCAAAAGAAUUUUCCGAUCAUUUAAAUACAAAUUCAAAUAAUAAUAAUAAUAUAAAUUUAAAUAAUAAUAAUAAAUUAUUGAAUCCAACAAUUAAUGGCCAACCAAUCAAUCAUAAUUUACAACAAUUUUCAUUAUCAACAUCAUCGCAAACAUCGCAAAAUUUUAAUAAUGUUUAUAUAAAUUCAAAGUUAAGCUCACCAACGAUGAUGACAGCGCCGGUCGAUACGCAGACACUGAUACAAAAUCAAACGAUACCGCCGACCACUACUACUGCUACUCCACGACCGUUUCCAUCAGCUGUUCCGCCGUCAGGUUUUCAUUCGGCGGCCACAACACCAAGUGAAUCGUUUAUGGCCAACAAAAUGGUCAACACAUCGACACAGUUAUCAUCACUGCCAAUCAAUAGUAGCAAUAAUAAUAAUAAUAAUACAAAUCAAAAAAUGUUUGCAUCGACCGCAACGGGAACUAAUACAAAGUCAUCGUCCAAUGACUCAUCACGUCGACGGCGCACUCGCUGUAAAAAAUGUGAUUCAUGUCUGAGAGCCGAUUGUGGCGAAUGUCACUUUUGUAAAGAUAUGAAAAAAUUUGGCGGACCCGGACGUAUGAAACAGUCGUGUAUUGCCCGCCAGUGUUUGGCACCUGUACUGCCACAUACAGCCUGUUGUAUGAUAUGCGGUCGCGACGGUUGGGAAAAGUUAGAAAAUCCGUCGAUCAACGAUGAAACGGCCUCAUCGUUGAUGGAGUGUUCCCAAUGCUGGGAGAUUGUCCAUCCGUUUUGUUUGAACGAAAAAUUUCCUCAACUCUUAGCAUCUGAUGCUAAUAUCAAUGAAGAUCUUCCCAAUUCAUGGGAGUGUCCGCGUUGUGUGAAAAGUGGUUCCAAAAACCAAACUAAAUAUCAAAAAUCAAAGUCUACUACUAGUAGUAGUAGUACUGUAUCGGCUGCUAAACGUGAGGAAAAUGGUAGCGAUUGUCCACCAGAAAAAAAGAUUCGCCUAUUGGCUGAAGAAUCACCUCCCGGAUCCGAUGAUGAUGAAGAAGACAGUAAACCAAAACAGAUAUUCAAUAAGAAUAAUAAUAACAAUGAGGUCACAGAUGACACGGAUAACAGUAAUAAUUCCAGUCAUUUGGGCAAUCAGUCGAAAGGAUCGACAACUGCCGGUUCAUCGCACGUCCGCUCUUGUGCUCGCUUUCCACUAUUGAGUCAAGGAUUGCAACAACAAAUGGUUAGUCCGUCGUCGACUAAUAAUAAUAAUAACAACAACAACAGUGUUGUUGUUGGAAAACACAAUAAUUCUAUGGCUAAUAAACCUGAAGUAAAAGGAUUGGCAGCUUUGGCUAACUGUGCAAAAAAGAAAAAUGUUACAUCAAGAGAUCGUCUAUUCAAGAGUUUGAAAGGUUUGAAAAAAUCAUCGGAACAGUCGAGAAUCAGUAACAACUCAUUGGGUCACCAAAAGAAAGCUAACAACAAGUCUUCUUCAUCGACAAACAGUUCGUCAACUAAUAGCCAAUCAAUGUUUACUCAAUGUAGUUCCAGUUCAUCCAAUUCAAGCUAUUCAGUAUCGAGUCCUUCUUACGCCAGUAUGAGUCCAUCGGGUCCGCCAUCACUGUCAUCAAUGGGCACACAGAGUUCGUUUUCGGCUAUUGGUGUAAAACAACAACAACAACACGACAUCAACGAUGAGUCGACCGAUGAAGAAGUCGACGAACCAAUAAUAACAACAACUACUACUAGUGUCCAACAAAUGAAUGGUAACAAACAACCACUAGAUAACAGUUUGAACAGUUUGAUGGCGACAUUACCGAAAAGAGAAAUAGUUAAACCAAAAUAUGUCGUAAGACCGGCACCACUUGGUUGUGAUGUAUCUGAAUCUGAAGAAUCGGCAGAAUCGUCCGAUUCGGAUGACGAGUCUAACGAUUCUAAUAAUAAUGUGAAAAAAGAGAGAAACAAAGCCAAACAAAAAUUUUUCCGUAAAUUUUUAGCCAAACGCGCCGACAAUCUGGCACUCGAACGGGAUGUUAUGGUACCAGUUAUGAGAUUUUUGCCGAAAAACGAUUUACUGAAAUGUAUGACUGUUUGCAAACAAUGGAAUGGUUUUUCAAUUGACCCAAAAUUAUGGCCAAAACUUGAUUUGAGUCACAAGAAAAUCACAAAAAUCGUAUUAAUAGGAAUAGUAUUGAGACAACCGCGCCGUUUGAACCUUUCGUGGACUAACAUUAAUAACAAACAGUUGUAUUGGUUGAUCUGUCGUUUGCCACAUCUUCAAGCACUGUCGCUGUCCGGCUGUCCCUCAUAUACUGUAUCAGCACUGAUAACAUGCAAUUGUCCGCUAAUGGCAUCUUUGGAUAUAUCCCAUAGUCAGGGCGUGGACGACGACUUUAUUAAACGAUUGUUAUCGGCACCCGAUGACACCCGACCCGGACUUAUGGAGUCAAAAACUCGUCUCAGAUUUAUACAGGAAAUAAAUCUUUCCGGCUUGAAUAUAUCCGACAAAUCGCUACGAUUGAUAACCCAGAACCUGACGUUUGUCACCCGUAUCGAUAUAUCCAGUUGUCGACAGAUUACCGAUUUUGGCAUUGCUGGGUUGGCCACCACUAAAGCCAAACACCUGACGGAACUCAAUCUGAGCGGUUGUCGUAAGAUAUCGGAUAUGAGUCUACAAUCGUUGCGUUGCUGUCCAUCGAUCAUACAUUUGGAUGUCCGCGAGUGUCCGCAAGUGAACCGUAGUGCUUGUCAUCAGUUUAUAUCGCAAUAUCCGCCGCAAACAAAACUUAUCUGUAAUUAA